ACUUUCUUUUCUUCUAUUAAAUACUUUAAAUAUUCUUAGAUUUGACUGUUGAAUUACAAUUGUUUGAUGACUUUUGAUAGAAUUUUUAGCAUUACUUUGAUCACUUCUUAAUAAAAUUUCUAGAAUUAGAUUAUAUAGAUGAACCACCGUUAGCACUAGAGAGAAAAGUGGUUUUUAAAAAAUCAAAAUUUGAUGAAACUUGAAGAAAAAUGGGCUACACUUAUUCUUGAAAGAAGGUCAACUUGAAUGAUGAAGAAGUAUGGGCUAGAUAGCAGGCAAAGCUGGCUGGUAGUGCUCGCCAGCUGCGUGGUCAAGUUCAUGACAUACGGUCCGACAGAGAUAGCAGGAAUGUUGAUGGUCUACACCAUGCACACUUUCAACACCACACGAGAAGCGGCAUCUUUACCUUACACACUGGUCUACGUCAUUAGAAACGGUGCAGGACCCAUUAUUGCCUACAUAGGCAACAUUAUAGGCCUUCGAUCGACAACCCUCAUUGGCUGUGUUUUGUCUUCUAUAGCAAUCGGUGCUUGUUUCUUUGCUGAAAAUGUUAUAAUAGUGACUAUACUAUGGGGAAUAGUUUUCGGAUUUGGUUUCGCUUUCGAAGGUCUUCUUUUAAAUUCAAUUACCAUGGAACACUUUGAAAUAAAUUUCUCAAAAGCAUUGGGGAUAACAAAUGCUGGAGCUGUUCUUGGGAUCUGCUACUUUUCUCCAUACGUUGAUUUUUUAGUGAACAGUUUCGGUCUUUCAGGUGCCUUCUUGCUCCUGGCUGGAGCAACCUUGCACUCUAUUCCAGCCGCACUUUUCAUGCUACUAAAUAAACCAAAUGAACAAACAAAACUCUAUGCGAACAACAUUGCGAACGUAUCCAAGGAAUAUGAUAAAAUAACUGAAAAUACCAACGAUCAGAAAGGAACUAAAGACAAUGCAGGCAUUUUAAAUUGCGCCACUUCGCAUCAAAGUUGUUUUGGUAACCAACAAAAUGGUUCGAUUAAGGACAUUUAUUCGGAAAGGAAUGGUGGCGACACAGAACAGCGGGUCAAAACAAUUGCCUAUAGAGUUUAUAAUUCGGAAGCAUUUGAAACAAAUUGGAAUAAACCAAAUCAAUGGAUUGAUGUUCCACUUUACUCUAAAAAUGGCGCACUGAAAUUUGACACUAAACCGGAUUCAUUUCGUCAUUUUGAAACCCAGUUGCCUACAGACAAUCAGCCACAGAAACUCGAGACAAACCAGAUGAUGAAAACUCUUUUUUGUCAUCCAAUCUUUUGGCUGAUUUUGAUAUGCAAUGGAAUGCAUUAUUUCACUCUACCGGCGUUUUUCACUCUUCUCAUAGAUUAUGCUAUAGACAUCGGUAUGGACCCAGCUAAUUCACAAUACAUUGUGAUGUACUCACAGAUGGCUGAAUUCGUUGGCUGCCUUGUGCUUGGCUGGUUGGCGGAUUUGAAGCUGGUAUCCAGCCACGUGUUUGCCAUUACAUUAUUUUUGUGCCAAUGUGGGGCUUUGUUACUCAUGCCUUUGGCUCAUAAUAUCGUUUUUCUGGCCCUGGUAGUUCUUGUCUUUCAAUGGACACAGACAGGGUUGUCGUUGAUCUACCCUUCUGUGGUUUCUGAUUCUUUAGAAAAGGAAAUUCAGCCAUCAGCGAUGGCUUCAAUGUUUAUCUUAGCUGCACCUUUAGAUUUGGCCAUUUCUCCAUUAAUAGGUUUCUUUCGAGAUGAGAGAGGUUCUUAUACUGGUGUCUACCUGACUCUUUCUUUGGCUGCGUUUAUUGGAAGUUUAAGUCAAUUGUGUGUUUUAAAAUGCGUCAGUCGUAGAAAACUAUCAAAUAAAAAAAUUUAUCAAGGAUAGCCUGAUUGGGGAAAAAUAUAUUCUGAGGUAUCAUUUAGCGAAAAAUGGCAAUUUUUUGGCAGCAAUCAUGCUUAUGUCAAGGUGUGUUUAAGAAAUGGCGUCAAUUUACAAAAAAGACAUAAACUUAAAAACAUAGCAAAACAUUAUAAAACAUAACAUAACAGUAUAAUUAAGACAUAAAGGCAUAACGAGAUGUAUAAUAAGCUUUUCGGAUUGCCAUAAAUGAAGCAACCUCUUGCCUUCGGGUGACCAAUUUGGCGAUAAUUCAAAAAAAAAAAAAUGACCGCCUUAUGACGAUAACUGGUUAUCCAUUUGUCAAAUGCUUUUUCUUUCUGGAUUGACUCCGUUAAACAUCACAUAUCAAAUCAUGGAUUGCAAAAACUGUCUCCAUUGAUGUUUGUCUUCGCAUUGGUUUUCAUAUUCUGCCCAUGUACGUGCUUCAAGAAGUCAAAAAAUACUUCAUAUUUACAUUAAAAUCACCAUCAAGCCAGUAAUUAUAUGUUAAUAAUAAAAAGAAUAUAAAAUUACUUUAAAUUAUUAUUAUGUGAAUACACUAAAAAUGGCUGCUAGUGAAAAUAAAAAAAUACUAAAAAAAUGAUCAAACAGUAGCGGUAGUCAUAGCAAUACAGACGCAUGCGCACUGUUUACUAUUACUCUUGAACACAGUUGAAGAGUGUGAUGACGUCCAAAUAAAGUGAGCACGCCAUCAAUCCCAAAGCAAGACCCCUUUUGCCAAUGGGUAAAAAUAAACUGAAAUAAAAAUAAAUUAAUAAAUAAAAGAGAAAUGUUCGAACCAUGCGUCAGUUGAUUCACACUAACUUUUCAUAUAAUUCCUAUAGAUAACUAACUAUCUUAGAGGGCUACGACCAGAGCCAGAUUAUACCUUUCGUAGGCCCUAGGCACAGCCGUUUUUGGGCCCUCCCCUACUUUC